AUGUUACAUAGUCACAGCGAAGCGCCCUUUCAUGAGCAUGUUUUCAAGAGUACUCACAUAAGAUCAGAACUCGAUCCACACAAUUAUACAAGCGGACGGUGGCUUCGUGAUGACAAGAAUGAGCGAGACAUGCGAUACAUCGGGUUCGAUUUCAGUGCUCUUUGUGGGAGGAUCCUUGAGCUAUGUCCAGGAGCCGGUUCAAUCUCAAGCUGCGAAAAGAUAGAAGGAGGUUUCAACCGGGUCUUUAUUUUCACGUUGAACAAUUCUAAACGCAUCGUGGCAAGGCUUCCAUUUACUCUGGCUGGGCCAUCACAGUUGACAACGUCUUCUGAAGUUGCUACGAUUAAAUACUUACAGGUCAAGACGAGUAUACCAAUCCCAACAAUCCUCGAUUGGAAUAAUGAGUCCUCGAACUUUAUUGGAAGCGAAUAUAUCAUCAUGGAGCAUGCAGAAGGUGUCCAGUUGCACCAAAAAUGGCCAAAAAUGUCUAGCAGUGCCAGGGUAAAGUGCAUAGAUGCAAUUUACCGAACGCUUAAAGAAAUGGUAGACUUGGAGUUCCCAGCUUGUGGAAGUGUGAAUUUCGAUUGGCGUCUUCAAGCUGACUUCAAAAAACUACCUUUGGGUGAUGUAUUUUGUGUCGGGCCUCACUGCGCACCCUGGUAUUGGAAUUGCAAUACCAGUGAGCCGAGAUAUUAUCAUAACACUCACCCUAAUCAGGGACCAUGGACUACUUUGGACAAAUAUAGUGACGGUCUUGUUGAUGCGAGUAUCUCCAGGAUUCCACCUUGUGAUUCUGCAGCUGAGAAACGGGCCUCCUAUCAUGGCUCUGUCCAAGCACACCUAGACCUCCUUAAACAUACCCGGUCUGUACUUAAGCAAAUGUGCGCAGAUCCUCGGAUUCAGGCAGCUGCAACGCCAACACUGUUUCACCCCGAUCUACAAAAAAGGAAUAUUUUUGUGUCAGAGGAUGAUCCUUCAAAAAUAACAGGCAUUAUUGAUUGGCAAUCAGCUAGCAUUGAACCGGCAUUUUGGUAUGCAGAUGAAGUACCAGAUUUUGCAACUCCUGACGAUUUUGAAAACAAUGUUUGCGCGAAAGCCUUUGAUGCUUGCUCUCGUUUUUCAACCCCGAAGCUUUCUGGUCCUAGAUUAAUGGAUGAGAAUAUCUUCCGACCAUUUAUCUACAGCUACAGGACGUGGAAAGACGGAGCUGUUGGCAUGCGCCAUGAACUUAUUGAGACUACCCAAAGGUGGAACGAACUAGGUUUCAAAGGAUCGAGUCCCUACGUCCUUCCUUCGCCAAGUGAACUAGCGCAGCAUAGGAGAGAGUACAAGCUAUUUGUAGCAGCACAGGAAUUGAAGCAUGACUUGGCAAGCCUGCUUAAUACCGCGACAGAUGGCUGGGUUCCACCGGAUUCUUGGGAAGCAACUGAAUCAGCCCACAAGGAAGUAUUUGAUGGUAUGUUGACUGCAGUGUUGACAAACAAAAAUCCAGAUGAUGACGAACCAGUGAAGGACGAAGUAGUUCUGAGAUCAAUCUGGCCAUAUGACCUUCCUUCCUGA